AUGACCAUCUUUGCUAAUCAACUUGAGCAAGCCCAGGCUCGCUUACGGGAAGUAGAAAGGCGGGUAUGUGAAAUUCGGGUAAAUGGAUAUUCUCAAAUACAACAAGAAAAAAAUGAUCUUAUCAAUGUUGCUUCUAUUAAUUUGAAACAAUUAGAAAAUUUAAAGAAUGAAACCAUUCGCUUGGAACAAGAAAGAGUAAUUGAACUAGUUCAAAAACAAAUUUCUUACCAAGCUGUCCAAAGAGCUCUAGGAACUCUGAAUAGUCGUUUGAAUAGCGAGUUACAUUUACGUACGAUCGAGCAUAAUAUCGAUCUGCUCCUAGCCAUGAAAAACAUAACUGAUUAA